CCUCCCAGCACAGGCUCCUGCUGCCCCCUUUGCUGCCUCUGAUACAGGUUGUUGGUUAGUUAACUUAUGGUUUAGCUGACUUGUCAACUACUCGCUUACAUCCCAACAUUAUAUUAUGUAAACUGAAGUACUGAAGAUAUAGUGCCAAAUAUUUUAUUAAGAUAAUAUUCAGUAAGAUUUCAUUUUGCUUCUCAAAUCCAUAUACUCCUACUGUAUAAAUAAUUUGUGGAAAUAUUGAAUGGUUUGUGUGUAGAAAUCCUGAAAUUCUCAGCCAGAGAACUCCCCAGCCAGAGAACCACUGGAAUUCCUUGCUAUGUUUAAAUUAAUUGAAUUAAGAACAUUUCUUUGUGGAUCUUAACUACACUCUCCUGUUCUCUAUGAGAGUAUGAAGCAGAGCAGCCUCCAUUUCCAGAUAGUCCUGAACCAAAACAAGAUUCUGUUUCUUUGGAUAAAGGAAUUUUGCAGCCUCAACGUACAGAACAGCUUUACUCAGCUUCUACUGAAUGUUCCGUUGCCCAAAAAGUACCUUUCAUACCCACACUAGCUCUACCACCUGAAGCACCAAAUCCAAAAACUUGUUCUCCUCGAGAAUACUUAGAAUAUUACAUAUUUCCAAUUCUUCUGCCUGGAAUGGCUGAACUUCUGCAUCAAGCAAAGAAGGAAAAGUGUUUUGAGAGAAAAAGGACCAAAUUUAUCGCCUGUGAUUUUCUGACUGAGUGGUUAUACAACCAGAAUUUAAAGAGGAAAGAUGAGCCGUUCACAGAAUUCUUCUCCAUCCCUUUUGUGAAGGACUGGCUAAAGGAUCAUCCUAGACCACCAAUCCCUCUGUCUCUCCUGUUAUCAGAAGAAGAAGCAUGCAAAAUAAUUCAGUCAUUCUGGAGAGGUUAUCGGGUCCGCUGUGACACUGAGGUGCAAGAACUGCGGCAAUGGCAAAAGCAAUUGAGAGAGGACAAAAACAUUACUAAAAGAGUACAAGAGUUCUGGACUAAACAAGAAAACAAAGUGGGAAGCAAAUUAGAGUCAGAAGAACCUACACCACAUUGUUCUGGAGUUUCGAUUUUGUUUCUUUCGCCAGCACCGCAAAAUACAGAGCUCAUGGAGUGAAGUUUCUUGUAUGUUACCUGGUUUGGAUAUGCUUCUAAAGUUACAUGCUUGUUUUAAUAUGUGAAGAGUUGUACAUCAAGAUGGGUAUACAUGAGGACCUGGUUUUGCAGUCAUUCUGUACACUGCAGGCAAACAUUUAUCCCUAGCAUAAAUGAACGCUAUUCUGAGGUCAGUGGAAUUAUGCCCACUUAUAAACAGGAGCUGAGUUUGACCAAAGGCUUUGCAUUCAGUUCUGAAUGCUCAGAAGUUUUUGGCUAAACAGAACAUUCCCAUUGCAAUAAAUGGUAGUUUUGCCCAUACAAGAUCUAGGAGUAAAAUGAAGGGGCAGAUUCUCAGCUGCUGUAAAUAUGCAUAGCAUCCUUGGCUUCAGUGGAUCUUCGUUGUCCGAUAUGCUGUGCAUCCACAACUUCAGUGAAAGCUGAGAUUGCUCAGUACUCCUGAAGGCAGUUUGAGGACCUCGUGUUGUCAUGUCUGGGCCAAGAGAGUAUGUUACACAACUAGAGCAAAAUGGCAGCACUUUAAACCCAUUUUGCAUAAGUAUAGAUAACUACAGAAGGUGCAAGACAGUGGGCAUGCAGGCUCUGAGUAAAGGCCUCACAGUUUGCCUCACACAGCUGUUUGGAUCUGACAAAAAUCUCAUUGACUUAAAUGAGGCCAGAUAAGAUGCACAAUCAAAACUAAUCGUGGUACCAUUUUGCCUAUACUUCACACAGACUAGUUCUGCCUAUAAUAUCAAUAGACAAUAGGAUAUUUAAAGAUUAAGGUAAAUCACAAAUGUUGUAAGUAAAUAGUAAUGCCUUUAUUUUUGUUAAGAACAGCAUUUUGAAAAUAAAACAUUUGCCCAUGCUUUACAACCUUUUCAAUUUAUUAUACUUAUAUACAGUCAUUAUGGUACACAUUGAUUGUCUUGAAAGUCCUUCAGAGGUGUAC